UAAACAUCAAAUCUGGACCAACGAUUGCAUAUUUUGAGGACUCUCACACGCAAUGAUUUGUCAUUCAGCUGCCAGUGGAUUAUUUUUCCUUCAAUAUUGCAACAAAACCUGAAGGUAUGACUAUCCAACGGCAAUUACGCCGAUAGCAUUAGGUGGAAGGCCCGAAUAUGCAAAUCGUAAGUUAUGAUUUUCGUUACAAUUUAUACUUUCAGAAAUUCGUCACACAAGCUUUCGUGAUUCCUUCUUUCAGUACCACUGAACCUCAUACUUUGGCGUAUCUUAUACUUUAUUUCGCAGGUAAGAGUCACAAGACGAUUCUCUUAAGCACUCUUUCCAUUCUUUCAGGUAUUCUAUAUAUCUUUCUCUCCUACUCGUCUCAUUUCCACAAUCAUCAUUCAACAAAUUUCACAAUGACCUCUUAUAUUAAAAGGCACUGCGAGUCAAUCAGUCGCCGUGUCUCACAAGCUGCCCCUUCGAAAGCAUCCUCUGAGAAGAAGCCGUCUACCAAAAGACCCCCUUCUGGGACCUCCAACGUGGAUGAUAUGACUCAAGCAGAUCAGACUACCUCAAGUACAGGUGUUUUCAAAAACGGAGCGUUGAAUGACACAUCAUCUGAGCCAGCUCACUCUGUUCUCAAAAAAGCACAUACAACAUCUAUCGUGGUUCAAAAAGUAAAGGGAUCUCAAAAAGAACCAGGCUCAUGUUCAGCAGAAUCAACCUUUGUCAAUACACCUUUGUCGAAAAUAUCAACCACAUCCCCAUCGUCCAAUACUCUCCUUAACAUCAACAGAUCGAACAAAAAUGGCCCAGACGAAAAAUAUCAAAUAAACUCUCAUCUCCUAUUCGAAAACUCUUUCCCAGGCCACACAUUCGUCUCCGUACAUCUUCAACGCCUACAACAUGGUAUCUAUUCCGAUGCCAAUUUACAUACCAAACAUACAAUACAUGUAACAUUCGUUGCUUUGAAUUUUACAUUCCAUCCUUCUACACCUGCACAUCGAUUCGAGAGUGCGUUUGUUGACAUUAAAGUUAAAGAUAAAGCGGGAUACUUGAGAUUCUUAAAAUAUGCACCACAUCAAACUUAUGGAAAAAUUAGCACGGAGAGUUUAAAGUGGAAUUUUCAAUUAGGGGCUAGUUUGGGAAUUACGCAAGGUCCGGCAAAAGCAACGGUUAAUCCUAGUCUUUCGGAGGAGAAGAGUAAAGUCGUGGGAACUAUGAUGAAGAUGUAUGUUUUCCCCCCGUUCUUAUUUCCUGCAUCGUGUGUUAGUUAACACAGAACUCAAAGACAAGGUUCAACACGCAGUACUUUUCACCACUCAACACGUUACCCAGAUACCCUCCUCCAUUUCUCCCUCGAGGAAAACUGUCAACAGGAAUCCGGUCUCCCGCGUGAAUUUACAUUUGUAUUUCUACUCGAACGACCUAGUGAGAAACAAUAUCCGCCUGUUCAUGUAUUUCAUUCAGCAUCUAGGAUUAAGAGACUUGAAAAUCGUAUUUCGGAAACAUUGAGGGGGUUGAGUGAGAGAGGAGAGGGGGAUGAAUGUAUGGAAUAUGGAUUGGUUGAUUUAGCGGGGGAGAAGAGGAAACCGAGUUUUUUCGGGAAAGGCUCGCAGAGAUUGGAUGAGGAUCUGGAGGGGAUUUUUGGGGAACUGGAAUUUGAAAUUGGGGUUGAGCCUAAGAGUUUGUUUCCUCCCCCCUUCUUCCUUCCACUCAUUAUCCUUCUCUGAAUCACUAACAUCCAACCCCCUAGUAUCCAACACCCACUCCAUCUCCCUCCCGAUAACUGCGCACACAGAAACAACUAAAGUCGCAGGAGAAGUAGGACAAAAAUUCCCAACGGAGGGAACGAGGGAUAGUGCAGGGAAAGAAGAACAUGAGGAGGCGAUGGUGCAUGGACUUUAUAAUUUUGCGAAGUUGGGUGGGACGUUCGAGGAGUUGGUUUCUUUGCCGGGGGAGAGUGUAGCGAGUAGAAUGCCGGAUGUGGAGGGUGGGAGGAAGUAGGGGGUAAGGGGGGGGAUGAAGAGGAUGGUGGAGAGGAGUAAGAACGAAGUGGGAAUUAAUGAAGAGGGGCUGGUUAUGGAGUUAUAG